AUGACCGCGAACACAGCAUACCCUUCCUUCAAGGUCUCCAUAAUCCAGAGCAGAGCAAAGCCCUUAGAUGCCGAUUACAACUUUUCUCGUGCUGCUGAGCAGAUUCGCGCUGCUGCUAGCGAAGGCGCAUCGCUAGCGGUUUUACCAGAGUAUCAUUUGACGGGAUGGGUACCCGAAGAGCCAUCUUUUGCCUUGACCGCCGAGAAAGCUCUCGAGUUUCGUCAAAAGUAUCAAGACUUGGCUGCGGAACUUCACAUCAAUAUUUGCACCGGCACUGUUGUCUCUGAGGCACCAAUUGAAACACCAUCCCACCAUCAUGUCAAAGAUUCUGGUCGUACGCUUCUCAAUACAUCCGACUUUAUAGAUCACAAUGGUCGCUUUUUGGGAUCGUACACGAAAACAAAUCUGUGGAUCCCCGAGCGGCGGACCUUGACAUCAUUCAUCGAACAUGCACGCGGGGCAACGAAGGAAGGGCAAUCGACUCCAAACCCCCACAAAGUCAUAGAUACCCCCCUCGGGCCUGUUGGGAUUUUGGUAUGUUGGGAUCUUGCUUUCCCAGAAGCAUUCCGACAGCUUGUUUUAGCCGGCGCCAAAAUCAUCAUCAUCCCUUCAUACUGGACAUCGUCAGAUAUGUGCAGCGAAGGACUUGCAUACAACCAAGAAUGCGAGAAAAUGUUUGUCCAAAAUACCCUCGUUACUCGUGCGUUUUGA